AUGCCGUAUCGCUUUGAGGUUGCCGCUCAAGGCCGCGCUGGCUGCAAAGCCCCCGAUUGCCUGGAAGAGAAGGUCAAGAUCUGCAAGGGUGAACUCCGUGUCGGCAGCUGGAUCGAUACCUUCCAGAGCUGGUCUUGGCGCCACUGGGGUUGCUUCACCCCUAAGCAAAUUUUGAACGUUAAGAAUAACAUCACUGGGCUCUCCGAGGAGCUUGAUUUCUCUCGCCUUGAUGGCUUCGAUGAGAUCAGCGAGGACCUCCAGGAGAAGAUUCGCAAGGCUAUCCAAGAGGGUCACGUUGAAGAUGACGAAUGGCGAGGCGAUGUUGAAUACAACCGCCCUGGACGUGUCGGGAUGCGCCAGAAGACUCGCAAGUCCAAGGUCAAGGGCGAUGAGUCCGAGGAAUCUGAGCAGUCCUCUCCUGUCAAGAAGCAUGAUCUGACCGACACUGAGAACGUUGAGGAGCCCACCAAGAAGAAGCGGACUCGUGGCAAGAAAGCUACCGAUGAUGAUGAUGCCAUUGCUGAUGCUGGCAUCGCCGACACUGAGCCUAAGGAGCCCAAGAAGCCUGGCCGUCGCACUAAGAAGGCCGCCGAGGACCAACCCGCCGCUGAGACCGAUGUCAAGGUCGAGCGUAAGAAGCCUGGCCGUCCUCGAAAGACUCCAAAGAAGAUUUCCGAAGACGAGGGUGCCGAUGCUGACACUGAGAUGGCCACCGAGCCCACCGAGCCCAAGAAGCGUGCUACUCGCGGCAAGAAGAUCGCCAAGGAUGAAAUUGUCUCUACCGACGUUGAGUCUAAGAAGGAAACCACCAAGCGUACUACUCGUGGCAAGAAAGCCACUACCUCUGUUGUCAACAAAGAGUCCGACGAAGUUGAACCUGCCAAUGAUGAGCAGUCAACCAACAAGGCGCCCGCAACCCGUGGAACCCGCGGCAAGAAGGAUGUCUCCUCUGCUGACAACAAGACUGGCCCUACCAACGGCGGGACCAACAAGUCUAUCACUCGUGCCAAGGCUGUCAAUGGUACAAAUGCCAAGAAUGGCACGAAGGCUACGAAGGGAGCUAAGACCAGUGGCUCUGAUGCUUCCAAGGACGAGCACGCCGAUGAGCUGACCGAAAAACCUAAGCGUACCCGCGGUGCCAACAAAACCAACGGUACCAAUACCACCUCUGAGAACAAGCCGAAGCCAACUCGCAGCCGCAAGCCUGCUGCUGAUAAGGUUGCUGCCAACUCCGACGCCACCGAGCAGAAGCCCAAGCCCAGUGCAUCCGAUGCUUCCGAUGAUGAGCACGCUGAUAAGCCGACCCAGCCUAAGCGCACUCGCGGUGCGAACAACAAGGCUAACGGUAACAAUGCUACCGCUGAGUACAAGCCAAAGCCAACUCGCAGCCGCAAGCCCGCUGCCGACAAGGUUGCUGCCACCCUCAACGCUACUGAGGAGAAGCCCAAGACCAGUGAAUCCGAUGCUUCCGAGGAUGAGCACGUUGAUGAACCGACCGAGGAGCCUAAGCGCACUCGCGGUGCCAACAGCAAGACUGUCGAUAACAAUGGUACCGCUGAGAAAAAGCCUAAGCCAACUCGUAGCCGCAAGCCUGCUGCCGACAAGGUUGCUGCCGCUCCUGACGCUACUGAGGAGAAGCCCAAGACUAAUGGAUCCGAUGCCUUUAAGGAUGAGGACGCUGAUGAACCGGCCGAGCCUAAGCGCACUCGCGGUGCCAACAACAAGACUAACGGUAACAAUACUACCGCUGAGAAAAAGCCGAAGCCAACUCGCAGCCGCAAGCCCACUACCGACAAGGUUGCUGCCAACCUCGACGCUACCGAGGAGAAGCCCAAGACCAGUGGAUCCAAGCCUGCUGCCACGGAGGUCACUGAUGAGUCCGCUGAUCAGACUGACAAGGAGCCUUCCGAGGCCUCCACUGAGCAACCCGUUGAGGGCGUCGCCUUGAAGUCUGAAGAUGGUCCCAAGAAUGCCUUCCCCGAAAUUACCGAGGAGCCUAACGUCAAGACUGCCAAGGAGUCGGUUGAGGGCGCUACUGAAAAGCCCGUCGGGGACGACAAUGCUAACGGGGAGGCCAUCGAGUCUUCUCUGGAGGCAGUCAAGAUAGAGACGCCGUGUGACGAUGACUUCUAA